AUAAUUUAAAUAUUAUGCACUUCUAUUAUGGGAAGGUGAUAAUUAGCUUUGUGCGCUCAUAAAUAUGCAUAAAGAAGCAACGGCGUGGGCCGGUGAUUAGCGUACCCAAAUCCACUAACAAUAGCAGUACAAAUUAAACUCUAAAUGUGAUCCAAGUGCUUACAAGUGCAAUUGACUUGUUUACUUUUGCUUUUCCUUUCGAGCGCACUGAGCCACUGAACCACUAAGCCACUGGACCACCAAAACCCACCGAGUGGGGUAACGUAACCAGUAGGCGGCCACUAUAAAUUACCGCUGUGCAAUUGCCAGUCGGCGGUUGUUAAGUUGGCUUAACUACGCGCACGACUAUAUAAUCUCCAUGCACACGGCUGGAUAUAUUUUAUCUCGAUUGUCAGUUUUGUUUUGCACACACAAUUUCGCAGCUGGGAAAGCAGCCAAGUCACGCAGUCUAAAUUGUUACAAUUAAAGCCCUCUAAAAGUUGACCAUGAACUGCUUACGACUGCAUCGGGUUCCAUGUCUUCUAGGGCUCGACCUUCGCCUUAACUCUCAAACUGGAAUUUGGCCAUUUAUACCGGUGUACUUGGCGCUGUCGGCCAACACAAACUCCAACUACCAACAACCCAACUACCGCAUUUCCCCAGCGAAGCCAGCUUCAAUUUUCGAUAGCCAGUCGAGGCGAGCGGUUCGCAUCGGAUCGGAGGUGUGGACUGGUGUCCAACGAAUCAACGUCAGCGUCAGCGUCAGUUCCUGGAUUCGAACAUGUUGUGGAUAAUGGGGCUAGUAGUGGCCGCCACGCAGCUCAAUUGCCGGGCAAAUGCUGUGGCAAAUGUCACGGUGAUUGAAGACAUUAGGAGCGCCUUCAGAGGCGUCACCAAUGACACGGAGCUAGUGAAUCACAUAAUACCGGAAAUGUAUGGGGCAAGCAUGCGCAGUGCGAAUCCCUCGUUUGUCUUCAAAAUGCCCAGAAAAUCGAUCGGCGGUGGGGAGAAUUUCGAACUGUUAACAAUGCAGCGAUCCGAUUUUGCGAAACCGAUCUUUCCCAAUGUCACCCAGUUGCCCUCGGCCAUCGAUUCAUUCACGACAAUUGCGCCGGAAACGAGUGUGAAGACCAGUCUGGUCAUCGCACCGCAACUGGAGUGGCAUCUGAUGGGCCUGGAGGGCUGGACGGGGGAGCUGCAGCCUCCAGUUCCCUGGCUGGAGCAGAACCACAAGGACAUUAAUCCGCCGAUUAGCUUACCCAAUUCAUAUCCACACGAAGAGAUUCACUUGGACAUCAAGAACCACCAAUUCGAUGGCCGAGUGACGGACAUUCGUGUUAUAGCAUCCACAACUGGUAGACCCGCGGAAGUGGAGGACCUGAUGAACGGACAAAAUGUCUACAUAGCAAGGGUAAACGAUCCCUUCGGUUACUCCAUGAAGUGGAGCUUCAAUAACGAUAGCAACUGGGAGAAGGAACUCCCUCCAAACGGAGAUCGAGGAAAGAGGGACGUAACCCGACUGUACUCAAUGAUCAAGUGCUCCACGGGCUGUGAUCCGCUGAUCUACAAGGGCUACGGAUGUUAUUGUGGGUUCGGUGGCCAUGGAGUCCCUGCUGACGGAAUCGAUCGCUGUUGUCGCCUCCAUGACAAGUGUUACGGCCAAAGCAACUGCAUCUCUUAUCUGGAAUACUUUGUGCCCUACGUGUGGAAGUGCUAUCGAGGAAAGCCGCUCUGCGCUGUGGACCACGGAGAAUUUGGUGGACCAGAUUCUUGCGCCGCCCGUCUCUGCCAAUGCGACCUGCGACUCUCGAGGUGCUUGAAGAAAUUCUACUGCCCCCAUAGACGCUCCAUCUGCCACUCGUCCAGAUCACGACGCUUACAGAAUCUCAUUUUCUUCGAUUGA